AUGAGUAAUCAAUUACAUACAUCAGGAGGCAUAGAUAGUCUUGUUAAACAUACAGCCGAAAUGGUCGACAUGACUUUAACGUCAAGCAAUGCAAAUCAACGACAUGUAGAAUAUUUACCUUAUCCUGAUUGGAAUUUUGUUGAAGAACUUGAUACACCUUGUCAAGAUGAUCAAUGUCCAUUGGAUCAAGUUUAUACUAGACGAAAUAAAACAUUUGUACGUGGAUUACCAGUUGAAGUUACUAAAAUUGAAGCAGAACGAGUAUAUAAUCCUGUUACUGAAUUUUUAUAUCCAUAUUUAUAUACAAUAACAGUUCGUCAUGGCCCCCAAUAUGAAUGGACAAUAAUGAAACGUUAUAAACAUUUUCAUGAUCUUCAUAAAUCUCUUGUUCGUUAUGUUGAAACUGAAACUGGACGAUCGAUGAGUAGUUUAAAUAAAAGUCAAUUAUCCGAAGUAAUAACACAUCAAGAUGAAAAUCAAUCAUUAAUUAAAAAACAAGAUGAUCAACCAUGUUUUCCAACUCAUAAUGAUCGAAUUGCAUUUAUUAAUGAAUCAUCAGUUAGUGAACGAUGUAAAUCUUUACAAAAUUAUUUAAAUAAAGUUUUAAAACAUCCAAAAUUUCGUGAACAAAUUGCUGUGAGAGAAUUUUUUGAAGUGAGUCCAUUAUCAUUUGUACAUGGUUUAGGAAAAAGUGUAAAAGAAGGUGCUAUUGCCAAACGAUCCAAUGAUGAUUUUCGUGGUCGAUCAAUAUUUCUUCGUGCUCCAUUUAUGUGUGAUAAAUGUAAAUUUCAUCAUGGACAAAAAUGGUUUGUCCUUAAAGAUUCCUAUAUGGUUUAUAUGAAUCCUGAUUCAGCUUUAGUUGGAUUUCCAAUGCUUAUUGAUCGAACAUUUUCUCUUGAACAAGGUUUUAGAAAAACUGGAACAAAUAAUGGUAUUCGAAUUAAAAAUUUACAACGUUCAAUGAUUAUUAAAUUUGAAAAAGAUGAUGAAAGAGAUGCUUGGUUUAAUUUAUUAAAUAAUGUUAAAAAUAAUUGUUCACUUAUUGAACAACAUCCUUUUAAUUCAUUUGCACCUAAAAGACAACGACAAUAUGGUCAAUGGUUUGUUAAUGGUCAAUCAUAUAUGGAAGCAGUUGCGAAAGGAAUAUUAGCAGCAAAAGAAGAAAUAUUUAUAACUGAUUGGUGGCUUUCACCUGAAAUAUCAUUAAUUCGGCCAUUUGGUGAUGAUUCAAUGCGUCUCGAUAAUUUACUUGGAAAACGAGCUGAAGAAGGUAUUCGUGUUUAUAUAAUGGUAUUUAAAGAUAUUGUACAAGUUGUUGGUUUAAAUAGUUGGCAUACAAAAGCAAAACUAGUUGCUAAAAGUCCAACGAAAAAAAAUAUCAAAGUUAUUCGACAUCCGGAUCAUCGAGUUUUACCCGGAACUGAAUCAUCAUUUCUUUAUUCUCAUCAUGAAAAAACUGUUGUUAUUGAUCAAAGAAUUGCUUUUAUUGGUGGAAUUGAUCUUUGUUGGGGAAGAUGGGAUACAGAUAGUCACAGAUUAAUUGAUUUAAGUGAUGAAAAUGUAACAGAAUUAAAACUUCCAGAACAAAUUGCAAGAGAAGCUGAAGAAGAAGCACAUAAACAAGAAGCAGCUGUUGAAACUACGGAAAAAAUGGCAGAUAAUUCGAACAAUACAAAUAUAAAUUCUUCAUCAAACAUCACAGCACCAUUACUUAAUUCAACUAAAUCAAAUGAAAAAGAAAAAGAUACAUCAUUAAAAUCAAAUAAAAUUUCAAGUGUUGAUGCUGCAGCAGCAAGAUUAUCAGCUGUAACUGAUUUUAAAACUGAAUUAAAUGAAGAUGAAAAGAAAAUUUUAGCUGAAGAAGAUCAAGCUGUACAAGAAUCUGUUCAAUAUAAAAAAAAAUGGAGAAAAAUGCUUAAAAGACAUCGAAAAAAAAGUCAAAAUGAUGAUUCAUUCGAUGAAGAUGAAGAGAUUCCUAUGGAACCAAUUGAUGAAAAACCUAAAACAAUCAUUGGUAUAACACCAGUUGCUGAUGAUAAAUGUCGAUAUUUUAUGGGUAAAGAUUAUUCAAAUUCUUAUGAAAAAGAUUUUGAAUUUAUUGAAAAAUUUGAUGAAGAUUAUAUUGAUCGAAAAGCUUCACCACGAAUGCCAUGGCAUGAUGAAGCAUUGGUUGUUUCAGGUGAAGCAGCAAGAGAUUGUGCAAGACAUUUUAUUCAACGAUGGAAUAUUCAUAAAGCGGAUAAAUUUCGUUUUGUUGAUUCAUAUCCAUAUCUUCUUCCCAAGAGUUAUAAUGAUAAUGAAUUAUUAGAUUAUUCAAUGUUAACAUCAAUUCUUGGAGAAGAACGAAAACCAAUUUGUAUUGAUGCACAAUGUGUUCGUUCAGUUUCAUUUUGGUCAUGUGGUACACGUACUGUUGAACAUUCAAUACAAAAUGCUUAUAUUCAUAUGAUUGAUAGUGCACAACAUUUUAUUUAUAUUGAAAAUCAAUUUUUUGUUUCGAUUGCAAAUGAUGCAACAAUUAAAAAUAAUAUUGGUGAUGCACUUUAUCGUCGAAUUAUUCGUGCUAGUAUAAAUAAAGAAAAAUUUCGAGUUUAUAUUGUUGUACCAUUAUUACCGGGAUUUUCUAAUGCGAAUGCUGUUCAAGCUGUUCUUUAUUUUAUUAUGAGAUCAAUUAAUAAAGGAGAAACAUCACUUUAUCAAAGAUUAAGACAAAGUGGUGUAAAUAAUCCAGAAGAUUAUAUAACAUUUUAUGGUAUGCGUAAUUGGGAUAUCUUAAUGGGUUCAUUAGUCACAGAAAUCAUUUAUGUUCAUUCAAAAUUAAUGAUUGUUGAUGAUCGUAUGUGUAUCUGUGGAUCAGCCAAUAUAAAUGAUCGAUCACUUCAAGGUUCACGUGAUUCAGAAUUUUGUUUAGUUGUUAGUGAUACUGAAAUGAUUGAUUCGAAAUUAAAUGGUCAAACACAAAAAGUUGGAACUUUUUCUUCAACAUGGCGAAAGAAAUUAUUCAGACAACUUUUGGGUAUUAAAAAGGAAGAAGAUAUGAAUGUUGAUGAUCCCUGUUCUGAUGAAUUUUAUAAUUAUUUCCGUGACACAGCAAAAAACAAUGCACAAAUUUAUGAAGAAGUUUUUAAUACAUUACCAACAAAUCGUGUUAGAGAAUUUGCUCAAGUUGAAUCAUAUGUUGGCCGACCAAAAUUAAAACAAACUGAUCCAUUAUCUGCACAUGAAAAAUGCAAACAAAUCCAAGGUUUUAUUGUUGAAUUUCCAUUAGAAUUUUUAGCUGAUGAUGUUUUAAUGCCUAAAUGGAAUACAUCAGAAGGUAUGGCUCCGAUUCUUUUAUGGACAUAA